AUGCCUCCUAAAGCUAACAAGAAGACGCUUGCUGAUGCUCCAACUGACGUCCCUGAAGGAUCUGACACUCUUCCUUCGGUGGACCCUGCAUCAGGGAAGCAGAAUGGGAAGCAAGUGGUUUCAUCACCUGUCAAGAAUCUGAGUCCUGCCGGCAGCUCGGGACUCUCUGUCGCUGACAAGGCUAGUUCGCCAAAGCAACAAGAUGACGACUUUCUUGACGAGGAAUCGGAUGAUGAGCUGGAUCUGGAUUUCUCGGGUGACCUGCUUACAAGGAUUUGCUACACGGGUAUUCUGCCGGUGCCGAUUUUCCUGCAAGGAGAAAUGGGUGCGGUCAUCACGUCGGUGCGGACGCUGCUGAAGAAAGUUUGGGCUCCCACCCUGUCGCCUGGUGCUGCGGUUGGGGCCAAGGUGCAGACGCUUCAGCCAGCUUUCGUCGCGAAGACCAAGUACUGCCGUUUGCAGAUGUCUCUCCUGCAAGAGGAAGACAUUGAGAAAGUCCGUCAGAAGACGGUGGAGUAUCAGCGCCAAGUUUGGGGUGGUGAUGCCAAACCAAUGGUGCCGCCCACUCCCCCACCCCGCCCCCACCCUCCCUGCUUUCCCUACCUUCGUCUUCACCCUGUCACCCUCUCUGGCCUUUUGCUUCGCAUUCGCGCCUUAAGCCCCCCACCCCCACCCCCUCCCUCACAGCCUUAA